GACAUAUUAUUUUUAGAAAAAUUAUUCAAUUAAAUGUACCGCCAUCUUGUCUACGUCAUAUUUGAAUUUCCCAACGGGCGAGCAGAGAGCGUAUUAGUCGUUCGUCGUCGAGUGCGCGUCACGCUCCGUUUACUUAAACAUCGGUUUUCCAAGAUUCGCGCGAGCAGCCUCAGCACAGAGGCGUCGAACCGACGUGAAUCUUCGCGCGCCCGCGUACAGCGGCGUCGAUAAUGCUCGGCGGCGGUCGGGCAAUCACGCCGCGCCACGGUAGGCGGAGUGGGGACUACAUUCGCGGCUGCGCGUAGUGACGCGGCGCAUCGGGCGUUCCGCGGUCAACCGGGCGAGAGAGAGAGAGAGAGUCGACGGGUGCCGGAGAGCGCGCGCGGAUAGAGUCGAACGGAGCGAGAUCGCGGACGGACGCGUUCGUGGGAGCGUACUGUCAAUAAAUACGGACAGCGGGACGCGCCGUGUCGUCGUUGUCGAUAAUACCGCGUUGUCGUGCGUCGUCCUGCGUCGUACGUUGCGUCGCAUUGUCGUUGUCGCGCCGUACGCGCCUGUGUUUACUCUACGCCGCGCGAGGAUUAGAGGGGAUUACGCCACCGGAUUCCCUACGCUCGACGACCGGAGCGGGCGAACGAACGGCGAGAUCGUCGCCCCAAGGUGACACGAUCGUCGAGCUUCGCGGGAGGUCCGAGUCCCUCCUCCCCCCUCGUGACGAUGCAAAUAUCGUAAAUUCGAGGUAUUUCGCGAGCGCGCUGAAGUGCGCCGCGCAAAGGUAACCGCGUGAACGUCGGCACGAGUCGACAGCGCACACGUGCGCGCCGCGUUUAAACGCGGCGAGUGACAUGUUUUCGAAUCCCCGGCGGUCGGUUGCGGUUGACUCGUCGCGUCGCGGCGACGAACGCAGGCGGCGAGAGCGGAUCCGGAGUGACGGCGUAAAUCCACGUGCUCCACGCGGCGGGAGUGGUGUGUCGGGUACAGCCAGCGGUGGUGGUGGUGGUGGUGGCAGCGGCGGCGGUGUCGACGGAGGGGGAGAGAGGCGAGGUCGUGGCCGCUGAUCGUAAAGGGGAUACGUGAGGAGAGCGAGAGGAGCGCCAGCGGGCGGCGAGUGUGUGUACGUGUGCGUGCGCGCGCGCGCGCGAGCAGCUAUACGCGGCCGCCGAGUGGGGGCGAGGCGAGUGUUUCGACCGGAUCGCGCUGACAGUCGACGGAGAGUGUGCUGUACGCGCGGGUGUGCAUUUAUACGCGGCUGCGCUGCGCUCGCCCGCGAGCCUGGUGCCGUCGUGCCGUGUGCCGUGUGCCGUGAGUCGCGACCGUAAACACACGCGACGUAAGAGCAGCAGCAGCAGCACGUCGCGAGAGACUUGGACUGUCGAUAUUAGCGCUGCUCUCUAUUCGCGGAGUGCGAACAAGUGCACGGGUGGGAUUCUCUCUCUCGCCGACAGGUUCGAACAGCUGGAGUAGUGUGAGCGGCGGCGGUGCGCGUCAACGACCCCGGAGAGGAAGACGACCCCCUCGGUGAGGGAGCUUCCGUGAUCGGCGCGAAGGACCCUUCCUCUCUUCUCCCCCCCCCCCCCCUCGCAGUAUCUAUCCUGUGCGUGAGUGCGUAAAAAGAAACACGUGAAAGUGACACUCGCGCGAGUAGUAAGCCGGUGUAGUAAACACUUCCUGGAAGUAGCGGUUCCUCGCGCUCCCCUCGGCGACCGCGCCGCGAGGAGGAACGGAACCGGUGUGUCGGCGCGCGGAGGAACGGAAGCGGCCGGAGAGUGACCGCCGGGCAGAUCGCCGGUGAGAAAGAAGAGGAGGGACGAGAGUGAUAUGCCGUGCCCCGGUUGCUGUGUUCGCGGUUAAUUCGCACGUGUCGCACGAUGUCGGGUGGCGGCGGCGGCGGCGGUGGAGGCGGCGGCGUCCGCGGCACCGGCGCCGAGUGCAGGAAGUUCGCGCCGAACAUAUUCAACAAGAGCAAGUGCAGCAGCUGCUUCAAGCAGAAGGAGGAGCACAGCGCGGAGGCUCUGGAAUGCAACAGGGCUACGAGGAAAAUCUCCAAGUGUGGAUAUCUGUUCGUCGCACCUGGAUGGGAUUUUUCGAAUCCGCUCAACCGGACAAAGAGAUGGCAGAGGAGGUGGUUCGUUCUCUACGACGAUGGGGAGCUGACGUAUUCUGUGGACGAACACCCCGAAACGGUGCCCCAGGCGAGGAUCGACAUGACCCGCGUCCUGGAGGUUGCCGCGGCCGAGGACGUCACCGGGCAUCCGUACAGCAUCGCCGUCACAUCUCCGGAGGGUGUGACCUUCGUCAAAGGGACGUGCCGUGAAGAGACCAGGUGGUGGACGGACGUUCUCCAGGUGUAUUCACGAAACAAGGGUCGGCACAAGCGAAACGCGACCUUCCCCGGCGGGCAGACGACGAUCCUGCAAGUUACGCCGACGAUUCGAAGUAACACGCCAAAUCCACCGCGACCGCGCUUCAAUAGCUGCCGAUCGGAGCCGCGCAGCGGCGGGUGGAUUCCAGAAACCGGUGGCGGAACGUCGGACCUGUGCGUUUUCUCGUCCGCGCCGUCCUUGGCCACCGGCAGUCAACUGACGAACGGCAACACGGAGAACGUCCCCGGAGAGCUCAAGAGCAGCAGCAGCAGCAGCAGCAGCCUGUCGCAUCUGCGAGCACUCGAGAACGGCUCCGCCGGAAAUUAUCUGACCGCGGUGACGUCGAGCACGUCGUCGUUGAACGGCAACGUCUGCAGCACGGUCUACUCGACUUCCUCGACGGCGGCGACAACGACGACGACGACGACGACGACGACGACGACGACGACGGCGGCGAGCAGCAUUGUCUCGUUGGCCGAUAAGCCACCGAUGAUCCCCAUAAACGACGGCGCGAGAGCGACAGGCUAUCGAGAUCAACCUGCCAGCAGUGCGUCACCGCCGACCCGGGACAAGCUCCGCGCCGAGGACAAGGCCAGGCGCAGGAUGAAUCAGCAGGGCGAGCGAACCGUCGGCAUCAUCGGCGACACGGCCGGCCCAGCCUCCAGUGAGAAACUAGACGACGACGCGUGCCGAAGGAUACUUUUGGAACAUGAGCGGGAGAGAGAGGGGAAGCUACGAGACAUAGCAGCUUCAUUAACACAGCCACGAGCGAGAAGAAUUAAGCCAAGAACCUCAGAGCCAACCAGAGACGUCGUGGAUGCGGUCAAUGCGGCUCAUCAGGAUAAACUUAUCAGAGGCGAUCCCGACGGCUGCGGUCUAGAUAUUUCUGGCAUCAGGUAUUCGCCUACGUCCGAAUUGAGAGUCGAUCUGCCAGCGGAAGAUUUGCUGAACAUCAAGAAGGGCUGGCUGAUGAAGCAAGGCUUGAAUAAAGAAUGGAACAAACACUGGUUUGUUCUGAGAGGCUGCGGUCUAAUGUACUACAGGGAUCCCUGUGCGGAGGACAAGGGCAUCAUGGAUGGCGUUAUAGACCUCAAUACUGUCACCGCGGUCACGCCACUUCAGGUCGCAAGAAAUUAUGGAUUCCAGACUGUCGCCUGGGACGACAGAGGUAGCACGGUGCUGUCCGCGGUGACAGCCGGCAUUAGGUCCAGUUGGAUGUCGGCCAUCAGAAGAGCGGCCAAUCUACCUGAUCCUGAAAGUAAUGUGGAUUCUCUUGCCGUUUGCUCGGAUACUCAGCCAGAGACGAAUCCACAGUCUCCUACUACAUCCAUUACGGAUCGUGAAAGAGAUUCCGUCGUUCCGUCGACAUCGAUCACUCCCAGAUCAGUUCUGUUCUCAUCUGACGAAGAGUACAGGACUGCUUCCGAGGGUGGACGAAGAGAGUCCGGCGACUGGUCGGAGAUGCCGGUGUCGCCUCCGCUAGUGAGGAAUGGCGAUUGGCCUAUGACGCUGAAGGGUUCCGGCUGGUCGGAUUCGGCGAACCACGAGUGGUCGGAGUUGCCACCGUCACCGCCAUUAACAAGAACCGCGUUAUCGAGGGUGAAAGCUCGAUCAAGAUCGAGUUCAAGAUCAAGAGUCUACAAGAGAAGUCGGAGCUCGCCACCGAGCUCACGGAGGAGCACCUUGGAUAGUGUAAGAUCAGAGGAUCUGAUGAUGGCUUGCUGCGAACUCGGUGAGGACGAGGAGCAGAACAACGGUCACCUGCAGAGCAAUAGCUGCCUUUCGAGCAGUAAUGACAGCCCUCUUAUCGUUGAGCUUUUGGAGAAUCAAGUGUCGCUGCUACGCGAUCAGCUGGAUCAGAAUCAGUCUCAUCCGAGUACGUUACUAGUCAUUGUCGAGCGUCAGGAGAAUGAAAUCGAGAGCUUGAAGUCACAGCUGAAUGCGGCGCGCACCGAUAUCGCAAACGCGGAGAAGGAGCUGUCCAGGCUCCGACAACAAAAAGCAGAGGCGUCCAUUAGGGAGAAGCAAGUGGAGGAAUUGUUGAAUACGAUUCAGAGAACAGAACAACAGAGGAACAAAGAUUUGGAUGAUUUAGAGAAGAUGAAGAAAGUGUACAACAGGGAGAAAGAGGUCUUGGAGUGCAAAUUACUUGAAACAGAGGCUAUUCUGAGAGAAACGACGGAGAGAUGCGAAGUGCUUACGAACGAACUGACAUCAAGUCAUCGAACUGUCGAGCAUCUACAGACAGAAACAGCAGCUCUUAGUGACAGAUUGUCACAAGGUAUUGAGGAAAAUGAACGACUUUAUAACAGAGUAAGAGAAUUCGAGGAGAAGAAUGGACUUUCUGCUUCGAGGGAACGUGGAAGAAGCUUUGAUUCGCUUAGUGAUUUGACUAACAUCGAAUUGGAUUUAGAUUUGACUGCUUUAGACAAAGAAAGAGUCAUGGAGGAGUACGAUGAGUUACGAAGCCGCUUUGAGAAGGCUAUCAUGGAAAUUCGAGCCAUGAGAAAGGAAUUGCGAGAAGCUCAUGCCACACAAGAUGAUUUAGAAUUAGAAAUUUUUGCUCAUAAGCAGGAUGCAAUUAACAUCAGCGAGACAAAUCAAGGACAGAUUCAAUUAAUGGCAGCGAGAAUCCAAGAUUUAACUAACAAGUUAGCUGCUAGCGAAAAGCAAAUUAGAACGCUGAAACAAAAGUUGACAAAAGCUGAAAGCAGAGAUAAAAGAAGAUCACUCUCUCUGAAAGGAAGAGAAUCUUUUCAGAUCUCUCAAGAGGUGGAGGACAAACUAUUGGAUCUAGAAAAUAAGAUCUGCGCUAUAGAGAGAGGCAAGAGUAUCAGCGCUCCUGUUUCGGUUAGUAACAGUUCGAAGGAAUCGAGCCCUAAUCCGAAAAAAGAGAAGAGAAGAGAAAGUAAGAAUCUGGAUAGAGCUAGAUUGCGAAGAAAAUCUUUAGACAGCGCGACAAGUUCUGAACCAAUGAAAGUGUUAAUCAGACUAAGUACUUUGGAAACGAAAGUAGCGAACGUUGCUGAAACCAUGGCAAGUGACGCGGAGAAGGAUUCCAGCGAAUGUAGUGAAAUCAGCGGAUCCUCCGAGAUAUCGUUGGAGGUCCUGGCAAGGUUAAAGAAACUGGAAAGAGUAGUAUCGAAGUCGAAACGGCGAUUGGAGAAGUGUCUCGGCUCGACGCAAGCGGAGGACAAGGCCGAAAAAUGUUUGCGCGAGGUGAAUGAAAUAUUGGACUCGUGCUUAGAGUGUAAGAAGAAUCAGGCUAGCGCUCAAAUCAACGAGUCAGUAGGAGUAGUGGUAUCUAGACUAGAAACUAUACUUAAGGACAAACUGAGCGAACUCACAAAGAGACGGCAGUUGCUGGCGCAGGAAGGUCGGCUGGACGAGAGGGAGAAAAUGAGACUCGUCGCCGAGAGAAUAGCCUUCGAGUCCGUGAUCCUGCGGCAGAUAAAGUGCGCGCUGAACCGCACGACAGACAGAAGUGCCGUUCUGAGUGAAUUGGUCGAAACUAGUCAGCUUGCCUCAAGCUUAAAACGUAAGAUUCACGGAACUAAGCCCAAAACAUACCAAAAAACAAAUUACAUUCAGUAUCUCACUAAAGUGUUAGCAAAUAAGUUAGUACUGAUAGGACACUCCUCCGUACCGAUGGAAACGCCGAAGGAAAUUAGUGCCGCUCGCAGCGAAAGUCUAAAUUUUUUGCUGCAGAAACAACGAGAAAUUAACGAGAUCAUGCGGAAGUAUAAAGACACAAAGUUGCGACAACUCGCGGAAUCUUUGGCCGUCGAGACGCUGAGUCUGUCCGAGCAAGAAGAUCUCGCAAGUAAGCAGAUCAGUGGCUCGAACAAAAAGCUACUUGAAGAUAGACGUAUUCGCGAGGCAUGGGCUUUAGCGCAAGAGACCGUGAGCAAGGAACUCGUGCAGGCCGAAGUAUCCCACGUUAUCAUGCGUUAUGGACAGUUGUAUGAGCAAAACGUUACUUCAAUUACGGAUGUUUGCCUGAGCUUCGAUAAUGCGGAAAAUGUUAAGCUAGAAUCGUGGGUGGAUGCAGCGCAAGCGCGAUUGCGUCAAGAAAUGGAGAUUUCCAUACACGAACUGUCGGAAGCUUACGAGAAUUGUUUGUGUACGAUGAAGAAGAACAAAUUGACGACGUUUGACUCCAAGCUUGAAUCCCGCCAACUGCUCACAGAUUACGCCGAUAUAAUUGCGCACAAAGCUUUAAUAGAUUCCAGAAUCGCCCUCCUUCAGGAAACCACUCGGCAAUCAUCUACAUCUACAUUGUCUGGCGAGACUUUCGUAUCUAGUCUUAUCCGAAACGAAGAGAUCCUUUCCUGUCUGGCAAACGACGAGGGAUACGAUCUUCAAAGCAAUCCGAUUCUUGACGCGGAAUAUAGUUACCUUUAUCAGCGACUGACUAAAGAAUGCGAGGACAAGAUAUCCGGGAGAAAAGAGUCGAAAGAGCAACUUAAAAAUGUCAGUCAGUCAUUGUUUCACUUGGAGGAGAAUUUAGCUGAACUCAGUAAAUGUAUAAGAGACAAAACGGGCGUGAAAAUUGACAAUAUGAUUUGGCUUAAGUCAACGAGCAGCAUCACAGAUUGGUCUAGUGUGUGUGAAAAGUGCUUGCAUUUACGAGAACAGAUAAGGAAGCUGAGUGAUUACAUGAACAAUAUGUCGUGCCAGACAUGCAAUCAAUUGCAGGAAACUAUUCAAAAAAUAACUAACGAACACAAGCAGGAAUUGGAGACACUCAAGCGCAAUCAAGAGAGAGAUCUGAUGGAUGUCAAGGGUGAAUUGGACAACCAACGGCAAUCUCUGACGACGCAAUACGAGCAAGAGGCGGCCAGCUUACGCGAGAGGGCCAGAAAACUGGAGCACCGUCUCAACGCGAUAGAUUCCGAGCAUUCGGCUCACGUGAACGAACUAAGAGCGGCCUAUCAGAGAUCAAUAAGCGCCGAAUUAGACACCGACGCCGAGACGCGAAAGCGGUACAAAGAGGAGAUCAAGCAGCUACGUGCGUUAUGCGAGAAAGGUUUGCUGGCUAUGGAAAAUUCGCAUAGGCGCAUUAUCGCCGAGAUGGAAGAGAAACAUCGGCAGGAAUUGGAGAACCUCAGGGUGGAGAAGGAACAGGCGCUCUCCGAAGAGACGCAGGCGACUCUGGCUGCAUUGGAUGCCAUGAGGAAAGCGCACGAACAUGAAGUGCAGAAGGAGAUCGCCAAAUUCAAACAGGAGUUCAUCAAGCAGAUGCAGGCGCGCGAAGACAUCGGUGUGCUGCACAAGGAACACGAGGAGGAAAUGGAGGAGAUAAAGCAAGAGAUUCUUUCUCUGUCCGCGAAAUAUUCGUCCAAGUGCGUGGAGUCUGCCGCGUUAGAGGAGAAAGUAGGGAAUCUAUCCAAACAACUCGCCCAGGCGCAACAGCACAUCAUGCAAUUGGAUGCGAGGAACAAGCAGCUGCGAGCGCAUCUGGUAUUGGAGACAAAUGACAGUGGUAUCAAUGAUACUAUACAGAUUCUAAGAGGUAGGGACAACGAGCUCGCCGAACCGAGGGAGGAGAUGCAUCGACUGCAACAACAAUUCAAGCAUGGGGACACUCUUCGUGAAUCGUCCGGCGUGCCGUCGAAAGUCGCCCUGUCGCUAGACUACUCACCCGCCUAUUCGCCACAACGUCUCAGAGGUAGUCAGAGUGGCGGCGAGCAGAAAUUAACGAGCGAACGGAGCGCGAAAGGAGCGAACUCCUUAUCCAGCGCGUUGCAAAAACAGCCUCUGUCGGCAGAUCGGCCACAGAGCGCGUUUUCGUACAGACUCGAGCGCGUAAAGUCCGUCUCGUUGCCGUACACGAGUAGUCUGGCCAGGCCGGCGAGUAGUGCCGGCGUUUCCGGCUCGCACGUUGACGGAAAAGAGCCGCCGGCGAGCUUAGGGCAAAAGGAACGUAACGGCAACCUGGGCUCAUCAUUAUGGGACAGCUUGAGACCGAGAAGCGGCCUGCCUCAUCAGUAUCAAGGUGGCACAACAGCAGAGAUGCGAGUCGGCAGUGGCACUGGCGCCCAGCGGUGGCAGGAGAACAAGCAAAAUGAAAAGCAGCAGCUCUCGCAGACAUACACCCUCCGUGCCAACGCUCGUCACACAUCCCGCCUCACCCCGGAACCCCCAGCUCUCUCCGUUGCAGAGUUGAUGAGGUCUCCAGCAGUGAGGUGGUCUAGCAGAAGUUGUCGCAGCCUACCUCCGACACCCACACCGAGUUACCAUCAUCCACUUCACCCUCCUCUACCCGCCGUAGGCAUGGUCGCCGAGAGGAAGAAACGUUUCGAGCUCUGAAUUUCUUUUUUAUUUCACUUGAUUAAUAAUUAGAUAGAACGUGUGCGUACACAGAAAUGGUCGAAAGGAUUACAUUUAAAAUAUUAAAAAUUAUUUGGCAGAUAAAAUUUAGAUAGUCCGACUAACAAAACAUCGGAAACAUCAUUUAUGAUAUCGAAAUAAGAGAAGAAAUGCCGUUCUGAUAUGUGCUUCUUCUUUCGGAAAUUACAAGACUGAAAAUAUUUUGAUACAUGAAAUGGAACCAUAAAUAAUUUUAAAUCUCUUUGUGAGACAUACACAGAAUAUUCGGAUAAUACUAUAUCUGUGCGAUUAGCAUAAACUUGGAUUACAAUUUCAUCACUGCCGUACAAGAAUUGCGUGAGGCUUGGAUGAUCUUUAAUGAACCAAAGUCGAAAUACUGAUCGCGCUCGUCGUGAAUAUUGAACAUGUUUAUUAAGUAAACAUGAUUCAAUGCCGUAUACGAGUCCCGAUUAUUAGAAGAGGACGGAUUAUAUAAUCCUUCCUCUUUCACGGUGUGAAAAUUCGUAAUAUCGAGAUUUCAUCGUGGCCCUAUCAAUCACGAUAGGUCAUUUUUUGACAGAUUUUCCCGAGAAAUUUUUCUAGGUAUUUACUCACAUCACGCCACUUUUGCGGGCAGCCGUUUUUGGAAUAAGAUGCAUUUAGAUUUUGAUAAGGGGGUUUUUACUAUUAACUGCUAGUAGAUCGUUUGCUACAAUUGACUUUUCGCGAAUGUCGCAAUUUUGGAAUACAUUUUUCGGGGCAUUAACGCAGAAAACAUUACGCACGAAAUUCUUCUUGGUGUACUACUUGGUGCUAAAAGCAAGCGUGUGUAAGGAAACACGUAUUACGAAUCCUGUAUACAACCGUCGUGAUAGCCUAUUGUAAUGUAGUAUAGAAUGUUUCGAUGUAAAAAUAUAUAGGACCAAGAAUAUAUUUAUUAAGUUUCCGCAAUUUUCUAAAAAUUUGCAUUGGCUGAGCGUACUCGAUAAAUAUUACGGUUUAAUUUUUCAUAUUGAACGAAUCCUAUUCUACGAUUAUUGCGAUAUUUUUUAAACUUUUAUUAACGUUGAAAUACAAACAAUUAAAUGUUUAACAUCAUUAGAGAGUUUCGUAAUUUCAGAGAACUUGUAUUUGUUGAGUAUAUAAUUGUCAAGUUAAAUGAAAGAUUCCAUUUUAUGCUGGUUAAAUUUCAUUCUUGCAUACAUAUAUUCUCUCCCGUUAAGUUUGUUAUCUUUAAGACACAAAUAUUUUAUGAAUUAUGCACUUCUGGUUAUUACAGAGAAAAUAUUUCUGACACUAAGUUGAAUGAAUGUAAAAGGGAAAAAAGAGAGAAAUUUUAGUUUAUUAAUUGGGAAUAAAGAAAUUAUUUUACGCUUGUUUCUCGCUCUUGUUAUGUAUAGAUAUUGCACGUAAUACGUCGAUACGGCAUUGCACUGUGUAUUAUCGCAUCUUCUCAUUGUGUAAAUGUUUUCAGAUUUGCAAUCAUUUGAUGUUAAUACUGUAUAGUUUAUGAUAUUUUAUUAAGAAAUAAUAAUAGACGAUUAAUUUCUCCCUUGUCCCCUUCGUCAAUCUUCCAUAUAUCGUGUGUACGGAUUGUUUAUAUAUUACUAUUGUAUUUUAUAUUAUACAUAUAUUAUUACUGCAAUUAUUGCGAUUCGUUCCAGUGAUUCGCUCGAUAUUAAAACUAUAGAGGAUAUUAAAAACUUUUCGAUUGUCCCUUAUGUAGAAUAAUUACUCAGGAUUGUUUAACAUUUAUAAUAUAUUAUGAUUAUACUAUGUGUAUUUGUAUGAUAAUUUAUAUAUAACAUGUUUGAAAUAAAAUAUAAUAACCAUGAAUACAUCUAAUAACGUUAACUAUUUCUUAUAUUGUAUAAUCAUCUGUUUGUGUAAAAUAACGCGUUUAAUAGACAGUUUUUUUUAUUCAGAAUUUCAAUGCAUCACAAUAUUAAACAUAUUAUUUAGAUACGAAAUUAAUCGACGUAGCUAAAUAUUUGGAUCCGAAACACAUAAUACUCGAGGAUUCUUUUUCUUAACAGGGCAAGGUGCAAAAGAAAAAGAAGUCUAUUUAUUUGAAAAAUAUUUAAUAAUAAACAUUGACAAUAUACAGAGAAAAUACGCCAUAAGAAGUCGCUAUGGGAUUAAUAAGAACCUAACAACUGGUCCAGACUUACAAAAUAUCAUCAAAUCAGACAAUGAUAAAGAUGUCACGAGUCACACCUUAUAUUCCUAUCAAUAUUUCGCAAAUAAAGUUCAUCGAGUUAACCGUAAAUAUUGUUCCUCUCUUAUGUCUGUUUUCUUUUUUUUACCAAUCUUUCUACUGAUUUUCAUUAAUUUCUCUUGUGUGUUCGCAAUUGCAUUGAACUCUCCGCACAAAUCGCUUAUGUGCGUCUUAUGAGAAGGAAAUCCGCAAAGAGAUACAGAGGGAUACCAACAAUUUCUCUUUGUGGAUUUCUUUUUUUUACAUUUGCGAGAAAAGCAGAAAAAACAGGUAGCAAUUUUAGCUGUUUCGGUUUUUUCAGCGAUCCGACCAUCACUGGGCAUUUUACUUCUUCAUUUGUCAUUUUGUCUUCGUGCUACCUUAUAACGAUUAAUUAAUUCGUGCUCUUGAUUUCACCAAUUUGUGGAGAAAGGGGUACGAGUCUCUCGCUCAUCCGUCACGCCCGUACACACGCACGCAGGCACGCAUCAUGUCUCAUAUACAGAUACAUUAAACUUUACACGCACGCGUUACUAGAAAUAUCAUUAAUAAUAACGUCCUAAUGUCAUGGAACAUCCUUCAUUAAUUUUUCUUGCAAUAAUUCGAAAAAAACGGCACGGCGCUGCCGCGUUGGCUCGAGAUAGUUUUGGGACGUCCGUCAAAUUUGCGUUCAUCCUUGUGUCAAUCCUACGAUCAUAUGACAAAGGGAGGAUCAUCCGGCAGCGCCCUGCUCAAAUACCUAGGAUAUGUUGCUUGUAAGAUGUGUCAUUAUGUAGUCAUGUAUUCAUCUAGAUUCAUUUAAAAAUCCCUUUACGGUAUUUAUUGUUAAUUAAUCAUUAUACGUAUAAUGUACGGUGCGUAUCAUUGAGUUAUAUUACACUGCGCGAUUCUACUAUCUCUGGGUUUCAUGAUCGACGAGGAUAAAAAUCAAUCGUCAGCGGAAUUGAGAAUUCAGGCUCGACAGACCUUCGUUUGCGUCCGUCGUUAAUUAGUUAGGAUAAAAGAGAUCCUCUCUGCACGUCGUUCUCAUCCGUAUUUUAAAAAAUUUCAUGAAUCUUUACUACUCAUAGAUUAUUUAUAAAAUACGGACCAGUUUACAGAAACGAAUCCUUUAUUCCGAAAAGGAAGGUACGUUCCGUCGAAGAUCGAAGACUAAAGUGACAGUAAAGGGAAGGGAAUUUUGAGACAUGAGAAUACAUAAAAGUGCAAAAAUUUGGCAGAAGUCGUUGGACUUCUUUGCGUAAAUUAUAUUAUUAUCUAGAUAUGUCGCCUUCUUUAUAGACAAUAUUUUUAACAGCCGAAAAAAAUUUCGCAUUAAUCCUCCCGUGAUUUCUUUUUCCCGAUAGAAAGCAAAUUAAAAACAAAAUUAACAGCUGGGAUAUUCCUUCAACGACUAGAAGGAGAAACAAAGAAUAUCAAAGAGAUGUGAGAGAGAGGGAGGAAGCAGGGGCAAAAGAGAGCUGAUCUAGCCUCUAGAUUCUAUGAACAUCUUGUACACAACACGAUAGGCCUGCUCGUAACGGGCAACGCGCAUAAAAGAAGGGGAGAAUCGAGGAAAGGAAGUUGUGCAUUUGUGACGAAGAUGGGACGCGACGAAACCGCGAGGAAAAAAAAUGUCUCGCGCGGCUCACCCGUCUCGCUAAUUUGAGCUUGACUUUCUUACGCUAACCACUAAUAAUAAUAGCCUAUCGAUAAAGGUAUCGAUUACAAGUAAGUAUAAAUUGUAAUUACAGGUGUACAAUAUACAGGGAGAUAAACCUCGCAGAAUCUCUCGUGUGCUUGCUUUCAUCAACCCGCGUUAGAUGCGGCCGCAAAAAUCUUCAUUUCCAAACGCAAGAAUCUGAAUAUUUCUUUUUCUCCUUCGAACCCGCGUACGGUUCCUUAUGCUAUCUUUCACGCGGAAAGGGAUGUGUGUCUAUCGAGAAACCGACGGUUCGUGAUUCGACAACAAUCAUGUCGUUCGUGCAAAACGAGCACGCCACGUUCCCCGAUAAAAUCUGUUCUGAUUUUACGUAUUCACAUAACUGCGUAAUCAAUUAAUUAAUCUACGUUCAUUAAUUUAACAUUAUAAGAAUCAUGAGUAUGUUUGAGUGGAUUUCUUUUGCUUGCUUUAGAGUUACUUCCUAAAUUACAGUGCGUUCCUCGGUACGCUUUUCCACGAUCUUUGUGCUCGAAAAAAUCUAUGCUGAUCUAUGUACAUGUACACGACAUUCGCGAGAGGGGAAAAAAAAGAGAAUUGUCGUUUUGCCUCGAGCGCUCUCGAGUCCUAAAGUUUAUCCUAGUCCUAGUUGAAGAUUAGAUUAAAACGUAACGACGGUCAAACUAUCUGCCGUAUUUUCUAAAACAUCUUUGUCAUAUUUGGCUAUUUCACACUUCUUAUUUUCUUGCUUCUCCCUUCCUUUUUCUCCUUUUCACUUUUCGCUCUUCAGUCACAUCAGUUUGCAUUAAACGUUUCCUUAUUCCUGUACGUACGCAACAUAUCGUGGCGCAAAUAUUUUAUCCUCUUACGUAUUAUAUAUACGAUAAAUCCUCGCUUAACUAUUAAUUCAACAGAGAUAUCACUCACUCGACUCAGUGUGCGUACCAUUUUUAUCCUUUACUCUCGAAUAGAGCAUUUUUUACUUUCUGUAUAGCGUACCGGUAUAUCUACUCGAUCAGGAAGCAGUGUCACGAGAAAGAAACCUAGUGACCGAGAACGCCGAUCUGAAUAGAAAUCGAGACAACGAUUGAUCGUAAAAACAAUCAUCUACAAAUAAACUAAUGAUUCACCAAGAAUUACAAAUAUAUUUAUAUAAAAAGUCAUGUGCGUACAGCAAAGAAUUUCCAUAAAAUCUUAAAUGUAAAUAUAAAAAUUAUAUCUAAGAGAGAGAAUUCAGUAUCGAAACUUACAAUGUCGAUCUUGCAACUAAAAAGGACAAAAA